AAUCGUGGUGGAUCCGGUGGUCUGGAUAUGAAUGUGCGUUCUGCAUGGGCUCGUGGUUAUGCCGGUCAGGAUGUGGUUGUGACUAUUUUGGACGAUGGCCUCGAAACCGAUCAUCCGGACUUGAAGGAGAACUAU